AUGGACACCCUAGAAAAUAAUCAAUAGAAUUCAAAUUUAGAUGUGAGCCUAUUUCAUAAGUAUUUCAACCUUAAAAAACUUCUCUACUUAACUGUGAUACCACCAACCGUACUAAUAUUGAUCUAUUCUUUACUAGGGGGGCUUGCACUUUUCAUGUUUCUUAUGGGCAUGUCCACUGUUCUAGGUGUAUAAUUAUGGAUGUUUCAUGUCUACUUUAACUUCGAGGAUGAAAUUGUUGAAAAGCCUUUGCUGGUUGAGAAAAAUAAAAAGGAUUAAAUGAAGAAAAUUGAAUUCUUUACCUAGAAACCUAUAAGUAAUGGAGUGAAAAAUAUGCGAACAAAGAGUUUGAUAAAGAUUGCUGACAAUAAUAAUGAAUAAAUAUUGCAACAAGAUGAAAAGAUUACCGAUGAGCCUCAGCUAAAGGACUAUGUAUCUUUUGGAGUUUAAGAAAUAUAAAAUAGGUUUUCAAUACAUCCAUAAUAAUAGAAAAAUUAGUCAGUUGAUGGACUUAGAGAACAGUAAAAUCUCAUUUUAAAUCAUCACUCAACAAAGCUAUUCGAAGAUCUUCAGAGUAAUCCAGUUACAAAUCUAAGUACAGCCCAGUUCAAUAACCUUAGAGUAGAAUAGAUAAGAAAAACAUUUGACACUAAUAAACUAUCAGAAAGAUUGGAAUAAAGAAGAGGGUCCUGCUAGUGUAGAAUUGAAAAAGAUAAUUUUAAAGUUGUAAUUAAAGCCAAAUCUUAAAAAAUCAUUAAAUUCUUGGGCUAAAUUGAAGUCUUCUAUGGAUCAAUGAUUAAAAAUGAAUAGCUUCAUGGAAGGAAUCUCUCAAGAUUGGGGCAUCCAGCCAUUCAAAUUAUCGGUUAAUUCAACGAACUAGUUUUAUUUAAGGAUUCUAGUUUCGAUGAUUUCGUCUAGUUUAAUUCACCAAAGUUCGCAAUUAAAAAUUCAUUUUCAUUUUGCAAAUGGAGGCUGAUUCGCAAGGUUUUCAAUGAGAUUGGAAUCUGUCAUGUUGAAAAUUCAAUUUUCUACAAGCAAGGAGUGCUAGCUAAUUUUGGUAUGCUUCAAGAUCAGGUUAACAAUAAAGUCAAAUAAUUUCUGCAAAAGCAUUAGCUCCUAUGUGAGGAACUUGAAUUAUCUGAGAAAAAGCUUCUUAAGAUUAAGUAAGAGUAUAACAAAGAAGCAUCAAUAGUGGAUGAAUGUGUCUCUAACUAUACAAAAGCUAGUUAAUCUAUCCAGAAUUAUUAGAAAUAACUUGAAUUAGAGAUGAAAUUUAAACUAUCAUAUAAGAAGAUGCAAGAUGCUGCAAGCUAAGUAAGUGAUGCGCUUGACAGUUUAUGUGAGACAAGAGAAAAAUUCUAAGAAGAAACUCAAAGUAUGAUAAAGGAGCUAUGGAGUCUAGACAGAAAUAAAACAGAAAUAUUCAAAAGUUCUCUGAUGAGUAUAGUAGAUACUUAUCAUGAAUUUGAGUGCUAAAUUCAGCUAUACUUUGAUGAGUGCUUGAAGAACAGUUAAAAUAAUUAAAGAGUGAGUAAUGAAACUAUUCAUUCUAGAAGUUCCAUAUAAAAAUAAAGUGUCAUUCUCAAUUAGUCAGAUAGUAUUGAUCAGGCAUAUCCAAAUGAAAUUGAAGAGGAAACGAUAUUUGAUAGGAAGAGAAAAAGGUCAAUGAUUAUCAAAAGAGAAGAGGUAAAAGGUAUUCUUGACUAUAAUGGUAAUGAUGAUCCAGCAACUAAUCCCCCAAGUAGAUAAAGGAAAGAUAGUUAAUAAAGCUAAAAUUCAUAGUUUAUUGGACCUAGAGAUCUGAUUAAAGAGUAUAAUAGAUAUUAGUUAAAAGGAGAUUCUUAGAAUGAUAUGAAAGACGAAGAUACUGAUAAAGAGGAAGAUCAAUUUCAUGAGGAAAACUUUGACUUUUACAAUCCAGAUGUUGACAGCCUUCAACUACAGAAAUUACCUUUAAGCCAUCAGUUUUCACCUUAAAGAAACAUAAAGUUUAAUAGAAGAGGGAAAGAUUUUGACAAUUAACUGAUUGAAAGUAUGAAUGAAAACGGAAUAUAUAAUUAUGAUGAAGAAUUUAAGCAAGAGUUCAAGUUUAGUCCAAUUCAUUCUCCUAGAACUUCAUUGGACGGUCUUCAACCUUAGCAAUAUAAAGAAAUAAAUAUUUAAUAGCUAGAAAAAGACUAUUCCAGCUAAUAUAACUCAGCAAAUAUAGAAAUAAGAAAUAUUCAAUAAGGUAUUCAAGGUUCAAAGGAUCUUCUUCAUUUUAUAAAGAACAUGAAUAGCAAUAUCAUUAAGUAUAAACAACAGCUUGAGUAGACUCUUGAUGAAUAGUAUGAGGAUGCUACUAUAGUUUUAAAUUCAGAUAAGCCUAUGAAUAUGCUAGAAUCAAAUGGUUUCAUUCGGUCAUCACUUUCGAAAAUUCGUCAGCUUAAAAUUAAAAAGGAUAGCGGAGAAAUAAUUUCUAAAACAUGGUCUAAUUUCCUUACAAAUUUCAAAUCAUACAUUCAUCAGUAUGAUCAAGUUUCAUAGAAAUUAUUAGAAAUCUAACAGAACCUUGAAAUAUUUAUUCAAAAUAGCUAAUCAAGAAAAAAUAGCAUAUUCGAGCAGAUCAGACAAAAGCAAAACUUGAUAAAGUAAUUGAUUAAUAAGGCGAAGACGAAUUUAAACUAAAUUAAAAUUAUAUCCCACUAAUCAGUUGGUGAUAAGUAAGUUAGUAGCUAAGUGAAGUCUCAAUACUAAUAGUAUUUAGAAUAGUACGAGAAUAUUAAAUCUAAAUUUACCUUUAAAGAAUCAAAUAAUCAAAUAACUUCCAAAAAUGGUUAAUUAGACCAUAAGCAGCUUGAAAAAAUACUUUCAUAAAAGUUUAAUGAGCUCAAUCAAAUAAAUAUGAAUUCUUAAAAGUAACUCUAGGAGCAUCUAUAAGUAACAAGUUAAACAACCAAUAUUCAAAAAUAAAUUUAAGAAAAGCUUUUAGAAGUGAAGAAUGAGUUAAUGAAUGCCUAAUUUGAGAGAAGUAAGAAUAGCUCUCAAUUCUUCAGAAAUGUUAUGAAUACAAUUGAAAACCAAUUCAACUUAGAAAGUGAAAGUUUUGAAGAUGAAAAUUUGUUCAAUGAGGACUAAUCAAUGGCUAUUCCUAAUGAAGAUGCAUCCAAAAUGAGCAAUGAAGCUAUAGCUCACAGAAAAGAUUGCAUUUUCUUUAAUUAAAUAGAGGGAAAUGAUUCAUUAAAGAAAAGCAUAACUAUAAGCCCAAAUAAGAAAAAGCCUUAUACUGAAGAAUUGACUAAUUAUGAACAUAACAUACCUUGCUCAAUGAAUCAAACAUCAGAUAAAAUAUCACCCGAAAAUUCUUCAAGAGGUCGAUCUAUGAGUGCAAAUGAGGAGUAAAAAAAUCAAACUAUAGAUUUUAAUCCAUAAAAAAAUGUGAUAAUGCAGCCACAUAUGUAAAAGCAAAAUUUUAGCUUCAACUUUGGGAAACAAAUUAAUAUAUUCAAUAACUAUAGUAGUUAGAGAUCAAAUAAUGGUGAUUAGACUCAAUCUGUAAACGAAGGAAUCCAAACUAAUGCUGGUAUUGAAUCAGCUGCUUGGUUUAAUAGAGCUUUAAAUGUCUUUUACAAUGAAUGGAAGGAAUCACCAGUCUUUUAAAACUUCAUUCUUAAAGAAGCUUACAUUAUUGCUAAUAAAGGAAGGCCUAAAAUGCUUUCAGAAAUAGAAGUUCAUAAGGUAGUUCUUCAUGGCAGAGCUCCUGAAUUCCAAAGAGUCCAAAAACUCGAUUCUCACCCUGAUGAUUUCCUUCAUGAUAUUGAUUUAUCAAUGAGGGGUACUGUAGAAGUCCUCAUAAAAACAGAAAUUAACAUCGAUUGGGGAUAGUCAAAUUUCUACAAAAUUCCUUUGACUGUUAAUAUCAUUCUAAAGAGUAUUAAUGGGAAAAUAAGAGUCUUUUAUUCAAAUGAUAAGACUAAAGGUUGUUGGUACGGAUUUGUAGGAAAGCCUGUCAUUAAAUUUAAUCUUGAUCCAGUCAUUGGGAAGGAUAAUAGAUUUUCUAUCAAAUAUAUACCAAAGCUGAGAGAAAUGAUAGAAGAUCUUAUAGGAAAGAGAUUUGACAAAUAUUGUUUGCCAAACAAGAGACCUCUAUCAAUUCCAAUCACUAAACUUACAAAUACAAUAUGGCCAAGGGUUAAAAAAUAAGUCGAUAAACAAAUAGGCACAGACUUCGCUGAUAUUUUGUCAUCUUAAUUACAGCAAAAGUAGGAUUAACAAAACAGAGAUAGAAAAUCUCAUUCAGUUUACACAGGAUCUAGCAACUCACAUAUCAAUUAAUAUGUGUUUGAUGAUAAGUCUUCUUAAAAUAAUAAUUUUGACAUCAACGGCAAUAUGCCAUUUGUUGAUCAAAACACUACAAAAUAGUAAAAGAAUAAAUUUGAUUGA